AUGGAUAUGCGCCGCCUACGCUUCCUAGGCAGAUAUCGCAAAACAUGCCACCCACAGCAAUCUUUUAGUCAUCUGACAACGAACGGAACGAGACGAUUUUCACAGCGCUCGAACUUGAGACAACAAGCAUCGUCACAGGGAAAUGCCGAUUCGAAGCAGAAGAAUACAUCUACAUUAUACUACACUGCCAGUAUUAUCGUUGGCACUCUUGCCUUGGCCUAUGGCUCUGUGCCUUUAUAUAAGAUGAUAUGCCAACAAACCGGUUGGAACGGCCAACCCGUCCAAGUCCACAAAGUCGGCGACGGCGACACUGCCUCACGCCUCAAACCCGUCACCGACUCACGGCGCCUACGCAUCACCUUCAACGGCUCCGUCUCCGACGUUCUGCCCUGGAAAUUCACACCUCAACAACGCGAAGUGCGUGUAUUACCCGGCGAAACCGCGCUCGCCUUUUAUACAGCCGUGAACAAAGGUCCUCAGGAUAUCAUUGGUGUGGCAACGUACAGCGUCACACCGGGACAGGUAGCACCGUACUUUAGUAAGAUUCAAUGUUUCUGCUUUGAGGAGCAGAAACUUAAUGCGGGCGAGUCGGUGGAUAUGCCGGUUUUCUUCUUUAUUGAUCCGGAUUUUGCAAAGGAUCCGACCAUGAAAAAUAUUGAUACGAUUACGUUGUCGUACACCUUUUUCAGUGAGCCCCCCUUUCCUCGCUUUUCCUCUCCUAACGCGCUUUUUCUAUAUGGAGCGGUAUACUAA